CACAGAAAAGGCCACUGAAGGCUAGGACAAUGAAGACACGAUCCUUGAGGAACAAGACCAGGAGACUCAAUCAAGUGGAUCAUCCAGAGAGCUCCUCUGAUUUAGAUCUGGCUCCCAGUGGCUCAAUGCAGCAAAACCAUGAACAAAGAGGAGAGACAAUCAGCCAUUCAAGAUCAGCAACUCCUGAGAUGGGUAACACAGAGCUCCUGCAUCCACGACCUACUGAGGAUGUUGGCAGUCAUACUCAGCAGUCAACAAGAAGGCAUGGAUCUGAAGAUGACUGUUUAACGCCUGUGCCAAAUCAAGAUGCAGACCUGUUGUUAAGUGAUGUCUCAGAUUCCGCUCUUAAUCCUGCCAUUCCACAAUCUCUUGAGGACUCUGAAGUGAAGUUUGGACCCACUGUUGGUGAUGAUAGUGAUACUCAAGACACCACUCUUCCCUGGAAUCCAGAUGACUUGAGCAGCAUGCAGCAUUCUACAAUCAAUGAUGGUCCUGUAUCAUCAAGCAGUCUUCCAGCAUCACCAGAUCCAUUUGACCAAGAAAUCCUUAUUUUGAAAUGUCCAGACUCUCUGACCGGGUUGGUACGCAGGCGCAGGUCGUCUCUUGCGGUCUGCCGCUCUCUUCAUCCGAUCUUGUUGUCUGGUCAAUACUUGACGGGCGGCUGCCCAAAUGCGGUGACAACGUCGGACCAUGGCAUGGGCGGAGGGGACCGACACUUCUGA